AUCAAGAUGACAACCUCCCAAAAGCACCGAGACUUCGUGGCAGAGCCCAUGGGGGAAAAGCCAGUGGGGAGCCUGGCCGGGAUUGGUGAAGUCUUGGGCAAGAAGCUGGAGGGAAGGGGCUUUGACAAGGCCUAUGUGGUCCUUGGCCAGUUUCUGGUGCUAAAGAAAGAUGAAGAUCUCUUCCGGGAAUGGCUGAAGGACACAUGUGGUGCCAAUGCCAAGCAGUCCAGGGACUGCUUCGGGUGCCUUCGAGAGUGGUACGACGCCUUCUUGUGAGGCUCUCUUGGGGAGCCUCCAGUCCCUAGCCCCAGUAUUGAGUCUCCAGAGUUUGCAGCCACAUGGGGACUCCUCCCCUGUCCUCUACAAAGGAAGACAUUGCUGUUGUUGUAUUCACUUCUGAUGUACUUCAAGGUCUUUGGGAGUUCUCUCCCCUCACCAUUUCAACUUUUUUGAAAUUCUCGCUCUUGCAUGCAUCUCCCUUCUUGCCCUGCCAGUUUCGUGUCAACAAUUACCAGCUUUUCUGAGUGGAUUCCUGGCCCUUCCUUCACCCCCUGCCCCCACUGGUCUGUUUUAUGCUAUUUGGUUCCUUUUUUGGUAGAAUAGUCAAUGUCCUUGUGAAGUUUUUUAAAUCAAUAAAGUUAGUGACCUUCAAAAAAAAAAAUGAAGAGGCAUCUAGCUGAUUUCAAAUGAAUGGACAGAAUUGUGAAAAAUAAGAUUGUUGCUUUAAGCCACUAAGUUUUGGGGUGGUUUAUUAUUCAGCAAUGUAUACCUGGAACACCUUUGAAUUAUAUUAGUUUUGAAUCAGAUUCUGCAAAAUAAUGAAACAUAAUCACAUUGCUGUCUCUAAAAAGAUUGACAGUUAUAAAGUGAGAAUAGAUUAAUUUUAUCAUUAGUAAAUAAAAUGCAAAAUAAGUGUUUAUUUUUUAUACAAUUUCUUAUUCUUGCGUAGUAGGCAUAUUAUAUUACAUCAUAGGUGUGCGGUUCUUAAAUAUUUGAUAUUAAGUGUGCAUAUACAAUUUUUCCAAUUAUUUAUUUAUUUAGAGAGUAUGAGCAGGGGGAGGGGCAGAAGGAAAGGGAGAGAGAAUCUCAAGCAGACUCCACGAUGAGUGCACAGAGCCCAGCGUGGGGCUUGAUCUCAUGACCCUGAGAUCAUGACCUGAGCUGAAAUCAAGAGUCAGAUGCUUAUCCAGCUGAGCACUCCUUUUUUUCAAAUACUAAGUACGACCAAACAAAAAUUGUUUUCAGACCAGUGUUCUAGAAAGUGGAUUUUAAAAUGUUGAUUAAAGUUUAGGUAAUUGUUCUCUUUGAGGUAAAAGAAAAAUAGAGACUACAGACAAAACUAUUUGAAGAAAGUGUGUUUAUGUUGGUUUAUUAAGCAGAUAUAUUUAAGCCUAUGAGUGAAAUAUACUUAGAAUUUUAGGCCCUAUAUUCAUCUUUAUGGUUGCUAUUAAAAACAAACAUAUAAACAAAUAAAUCUACCAACACUUAAAGCCCUUUUAGUCAACCUGCCACUUAGUAAAUGGAAUAGGAGGCAGUAGCAGUGGAAUCUUUAGUACCAGGGAAAAUACUUCUGCCCAUCGGAGCGAAAAUGAUCAGCCUGGAUGAGUUCUCUGAAGGUGGGAAUCUGCUGACACAUGACAACUCUUCAGGGUUUGUUAAUGUUAAUUUUGUCUUGAUGAUAAUACUGAAACAUAAAUUAAGUUUUGUCUUUGCCAAUAUAGAAAUCAUCCAUGGUACCUACUUUGUCAAAGAUGAAUUCAGUGACUCAAGGAUGGAAGAAAUAAUGUAGUAAUCCAACUGUAUUAAGCCAAAUGUUCAGUAUAAAUAUUUGAUUAAUCACAUUCUCUCUACAAAAUGAAAUGCUCUACAUCAGUUAAAAUUGUUGCAAACGAAACUAUAUAAUAAAGAACCAGUAUUUUACUGUGGUGCAUAUUAUUGGUCUAUUUAUACCUUCUUCCUUAGAAACAAAACUUUGAUGUUAUUUAGAGAGUCACUUUCUUUCAUGCAGCCCAGGUACCUUGUGACCUUUCAGCUCUGAGAGUGGAUACUGGUUAGUCCAAGGCAAUCAAAACAUCAUCCUAGUGGUUGGUUGGUUUAGGAAUAGGCACAAAUUGCAUGUUUGCCAGUGAAUCACCUCUCCUUGUUCUCCGAUGAAUCAGGAAGCUAAUCUCCCUCUCCCAAAGAAUAGGAACAGAGAAAUAUGUAGUCCUGCCUGCUACUGAUGGUCAUUCUAUCACUAUGAGGGGAACUAGCUUUAGGAUGACAGGAACACCAUGGAUAGAAGAGUAGGGCAAUGGAAAGAAUCUGGUUUCUUUUUUUUUUUUUUUAAAGAUUUUUAUUUUUAUUUAUUUGAGAGAGAGAGAAUGAGAGACAGAGAGCACGAGAGGGAAGAGGGCAUAGGGAGAAGCAGACUCCCUGCUGAGCAGGGAGCCCGAUGCGGGACUCGAUCCAGGGACUCCAGGAUCAUGACCUGAGCCGAAGGCAGUCGCUUAACCAACUGAGCCACCCAGGCGCCCCAAGAAUCUGGUUUCUUAUGGGUAUUGUUGAGCCACUGAAUCAACUAUUCCUGAAGCAUAUUCUACUCUGACUUUUUAAUAAUUAAAGGUAAUAAAUUUCCUAAUUAAGUCUUGACUGAUAUAAAACAGUAUAUUAUUUUUAGUGACCAAACUUUAUUGAGAUGCAAUAGUCUAAAGGAAGAAGCUAACAUUUUUAGAGCAUGGUUCAGUGAUUUUUGUUUGUUUCAGAUUCCAUUUGAGUGGAAUCAUAUAGUAUUUGCCUUUCUCAGUCUGAUUUAUUUCACUUAGCAUAAUACCUUCUAGAUUCAUCCAUGUUGCCUCAAAUGGCAUGAACUCAUUUUUUAUGGCUGUAUAAUUUUCCUGUGUGUGUGUGUGUGUGUGUGUGUGUGUGUGUACACACCACAUUUUCCUUGUUCAUUUGCCUAUUGAUGGACACUUGGGCUGCUUCCAUAAUUUGGCUAUUGUAAAUGAUGCUGCAGUAAACAUAGGGGUACAUAUAUCCCUUCAAAUCAGUAUUUUGUUUUCUUUGGCUAAAUACCCAGUAGUGGAAUUACUGGAUCAUGUGGUAUAUCUGUUUUUAAUUUUUUGAGAAACUGCCAUACUUUUUUCCACAGUGUCUGUAGCAGUUUACAUUUCCACCAAUAGUGUACAAGGGUUCCCUUUUCUCCACAUCCUCGCAAACAUGUUAUUUCUUCUCUCUUUGAUUCUAGCCAUUCUGAUAGGUGUAAGGUGGUAUCUCAUUGUGGUUUUGAUUUGCGUUUCACUGAUAAUUAGUAGUGUUGAACAUCUUUUGAUGUGUCUGUUGGCCAAGGGAAAUUAGUUUUCAAUAAAAAUAUAUAAAAAUAUAUAAUUUUUGUUCCUGCAUUUGUGAAAAAAAUUCUUUAAAUGGAUCUGAAGUUUUUAUCAGAAUUUCAAACGGGUUAGUGACCUAGAAGAGUUUCAUUAUUUAUCUGGGUUGAUUUCAGUUUCCCAACAUGUUAAUUUCACUACUAUAGUCCUCUUAUAAGGGCUAAAGAAAAAUAAAAUCAUUUAAGGUUACCCAAAUAAACCGUUCCACUUCUAGUAAUGGA